AACUGGCGUCUUGCACUCAACGUGCUCUAGCACUCUGGGUAAACUGGCGUCCUAAAUUCAAUUUGCCCUAGCACUCUGGGUAAACUGGCGUCCUACACUCAACUUGCUCCAACACUCUGGGUAAACUUGCGUCCUACACUCAACACGCACCAGUACUCUAGCUAUGGCAGCAGUUAAAGAGCAGUUGCUGGUACUGAUGGUGUCAGCAGUGUUGGCCAGUGUCGUCACUACAGUGUCAUCACCACCACACAUCAUACUUAUUGUUGCUGACGAUCUUGGCUGGAACGACGUGUCGUGGCAUAACCCUCUCGUGCAGACUCCGCACCUGGAAGCUCUGGCGAGAUCUGGGGUUCUGCUGGAGCAGUCCUACGUUCUACCCUUGUGUACCCCGACCCGUUCUGCUCUACUCUCAGGCCGUUAUCCCUUCACCAUCGGCAGGCAGCAUCUGGUAAUCUGGCCACUGUCGCCUUCAGGGCUGGACCCGGAUCUCACCAUACUGCCACAGACUCUGAAGUCGGCCGGUUACUCCACACACAUCGUCGGCAAGUGGCAUCUUGGUUUCUGCUCGUGGCAGUACACUCCGACCCUGCGAGGCUUCGACACCUUCUAUGGUUACUACCAAGGUGCCGAAUACUACUACAGCCAUAUUGUUCCACCACAUCUUUACGAGGAUUUAAUGUGCAAUGAUAAGAAAAUGAGCUACGGCUACGACUUCAGGAGAAACACAGAUGUAGAAGUGACAGACAACUCCACCUACUCCCCGUUCCUCUUCUCUUCAUACGUUGAACAACUACUGUCGUCCAGGAAUCCUGAGGAUCCCAUGUUCCUGUACCUACCCUUCCAGAGUGUCCACUUUCCUCUUGAGGUCCCUGAGGAAUAUACCGAACCAUACAGCUUCGUUAAGGAUGAAAACCGCACAAUUGUACUGGGAAUGAUCAGCGCCAUGGACGAGGCUGUGGGACGGGUGGUGGACGCUCUCAAGACCACUGGUCACUAUGACAACUCUGUCAUCGUCUUCACAACAGACAAUGGCGGCCCAACUACCUGGGCAGGCAACAACUGGCCUCUGAGGGGUAACAAGAGCUCGUUGUUUGAGGGAGGAACCAGAGGCGUUGCCUUCGUUCAUUCUCCACUACUUCCCAACCCUGGAACAGUCUCUCACCAAUUGAUCCACGUGACGGACUGGUACCAGACCCUGGCGGGCCUAGCAGGGGCCGAGGCUCCUGCGAACACGGACGGUGUGGACCAGUGGCCCACCAUCACUGGGUCUGUCCCAUCACCAAGGACCGACAUGAUCUACAACAUCGAUAAUACAACCAAAUUCUCCGCCGCGGUGAGGAUGGGAGAGUUCAAAUUGUUGGUGGGUGACCCAGGUUGGGGAGAAUGGACGCCGCCCCCGGAGAACGACACCAACAUUAUUGUACAGGAGUCUAACCAUAUCAACUCUAACACACAUAAGAUGCUGGAUGAUGGGCAGGAGAGGAUUCAACACCUGCUGCACCUCCUAAACGCCAACGACACUCAGCUCAGACUCUACGACCUCACAGAGGACCCUGAAGAACGUGUCAACCUGGCGGAGAUAAUGGAGGAACUGGUCAUUGAUAUGUUAGAGUUUCUAGAGCAGCAGAUGUCUCGUUAUGUUCCCGCUGACUACCAGCCUUGUGACCCCGCCGGUGACCCCAUCAACUUUGACAACGUCUGGACCCCAGGAUGGUGUUAACCAAUGCUGUUAACCAAUACUGUUAACCAAUACUGUUAACCUGAUGACAGCCACAAGAUAAGCCUACACUAUAAUGUUUCGCUCCAGCAGAGCUUUUAUAAAGUUACCUUCAAGUUAACUUGACAAAAUUUCCCUGGAGUGAAACGCUGAUAUAAUAAUGACUUAAACUGUUUCAUGAAUAUUUGUCAUGUACUUGGCGACUCAUUGUGUCUUUUACCAUCACCAUCAUGGGAUGGCGUUAACCUCCAUAAUGUGUCAACACAGCACCGCAUCCCAUGACUGAUGAAGCCAUCAUGGUUGUUAAUAAAGGUUAUAAAGAUAUAACCUGGGAUAACACAAUAAAUUAAACACUAUCUUCA